AACAAAAACAAACAAAAAAAAAUACACGUUGGCUGAACGACGAUAGGCUAUUUGCAGUAGUGACACAAGCCGCGCUUGACAAACGCAGUCAGUGCACAACAAGCGCGUGCUGCUCCCGAUGUGAUACGAACAGCUUCUGCGCUGAUCUCUGCAUGCGCCUGGCAGAAGAAAAGCAAGGGCAAAGAAGAACCCAAAGAAGGCAUAGAAGUGACAGUUGCGCAUUGCAGUCGGAGAAGCCAUUGCAGCACAGAACACAACAACCUGCUCAUCAGACAAGUGGAUUUAAUUGAGACACUCAUAUUUCACGUGCCAGAAGCAACAGAUCCAGAAUGAACAAAAUGACCCUGAAUUGCAGUGCUGUUAACUUCAGUUUGGCCAACUGCACACUCCUGCCAUAUUACAUCCACUCGGCAGGGAUGGCAGUCAGCUACAUCCUUUCUUACCUUCUGGUGCUGCUGCUUUGUGUGGUGGGGAACGGACUUGUCUGUCUGGUGGUCAUCAGGAACCGCAACAUGCGUUCGGUCACUAAUCUCUUCAUCCUGAACCUGGCCAUUAGUGAUCUGCUGGUGGGCAUCUUCUGUGUGCCCACCACACUGAUUGACAGCCUUAUCUCAGGUUGGCCUUUUAGUCAGAUCACCUGCACUAUAAGUAACCUGAUCCAGGGCAUGUCAGUGUCUGCUUCUGUCUUCACCCUGGUUGCCAUAGCAGUGGACAGGUUUAUGGGGAUUGUUUACCCUUUCCAUCACCGCCUGAGGCCUGUCACUGCCUUCUUCGCCAUCAUCUUCAUUUGGCUUCUUGCUUUUGCCAUCAUCUUUCCUUCUGCUGCAACCCUGACAGUCAUUCAUCUGGAUGACAUGUACAUGGUCCAGGACAACCAGAUGUAUCCACUAUUCGUGUGUUUUGAGGACUGGGCCAGAGCAGACAUGCGGCGAGUCUAUACCUUGGUCAUCUUCGUCCAGGUGUACCUGGCCCCACUUGGACUCAUAUGCAUCAUGUACGGCUGCAUCGCUGCCAAACUCUCCAACAACCUACGUGAGAAUCGAGUCCGAUCUGGGAGGAGAAUGAAAGUCAUCAAGAUGCUCAUCAUGGUUGCCAUUCUCUUCAUGGUUUCCUGGCUUCCGCUUUGGACUUUGAUGCUUCUCACGGACUAUCAGGAUCUAGACCGCCAACAGAUUGACUUCUUGAGCAGCUAUCUUUUUCCCGUAGCUCAUUGGCUGGCCUUCUUUAACAGUGGUGUUAAUCCGAUCAUCUAUGGCUUCUUCAACAUGAACUUUCGGAGGGGCUUCCAGGCCGCUGUGGCAUGUAGCUCCUGCAGAUCUUUUGUGUUGGAAAUACGUCAAACACACUUUACUUUCCUGCCCCCUAACAGAGUAUCUGACGGGAACCAUGAUGUGACCAGCGUGAGGAAAGAACGUUGCUUCGUUGUAAUGCCUCAAGGGACGGGUCAUGGUAUUCAGGGAAUUCUCCUUGAAGACACAAAUGGAAUUACAGCUUCCCACAGAGUUCUUGGAGCCUGGAUGGAGUGAAUGGUGCAAUCAAGGAGUUUAUAUACCAGGAGAAAGCUAUAGCAUUCCCAAUUAGUUUGAAAUGAUGUCACACCAGUUCUCAUUCUUCGAUUUCACUUGAAGUAUUUCCAGGCCUUUAACCAAAUUCAGCGUAUCCAAGUGAAGACAGUCUCAAUUGGUGGUUUCGUUGAGAUUUUACCACCGGACACUGGCUUUCCUUAUUGAAAAUUAGCUUGAAGGGUUGAUGCUGAACUGCAAAAAACAAAAAACAAACAAAAAAAAAACAAUGACAAUGCUUUUGACAGACACAGAGAACAGAAUGUAUCACACAAGUCUGGGAAUUAACAAAAAAAUUGUGCUCAUGUAUUCAACUGUACCUAUUAAAAAGAAUGUUGUAAAUAUAAUACUUGGUUUGAAGAACAUCAGGCCACAGGUGCCUUGAGUAUAUUUGAAGCGUUUGGUUCCAAAAUGCA